AAAUUUGGUAUAGGGGCCAAGACAAGAGAUGCCCCUCGAGGGCGCUCCUAUCUGCGCUCUCUCGGCUGUGCUGGAGGCCUUUUCGUAUUUCUACAGCUGUGCUACCUUUCAUUUGCUUUCCAUACGUUCCCACCGAUCAUGCACGCGCUCACGACCACUCUCGUUUUCGCCGCUGCGGCUUCCUUAGUUAUGGUGACUGAUCCUAAUGACUGGGUUAAUGUCAACUACGUCCUGAAACAAGCAGGCUCGAGCGGGUCGAGCAACACUACCGAUUCCCAAAAGAACAUCAUCAGUAGCGCGGGUAGCACUGCGAAGUCGGGACCUUGGUCUGUUACCGACAAAGGCAGUGUCGCGCCUCCUAGUGGUAAUCCUCGUGAUUAUCUGAGCUGGGCCCCUUACCAUUGGCCCGAUUGCAACUGGUGUACCUCCGGGACAAACCAUUUAGCCAACCCUGGUCGGUCUGACGGAGGGGAUGAUGGUAGUGACCCUGACGACAGCAGUGACUCUGACGGCCCCAAUGCCUAUGAAGACGGCGGCGACGGCGACGGAGACGGAGACACAGAGAUGUUCGUCCGCUUUGAUACCGGAUACUCGCUCGCGUUUCCCAAGCAGAAACGAGCCGUCUUCGGCUCUCACAAACGCAUGCACAAGUGGAAGAUGGCGCUCACAGAGGGCCAUUCGACAGAGUCCAGUGGAAUCGUCGGCUCGGAACAGGUCGCGGAGCCACAGAACAAGGCAGUUAAUGCACGUCAAGAUGCUGUGGUCGGUGAGUUGCCGACGCCGACAGUUCCGGCGGUGGGCGUGUCAGAACCUGCGCUUCCCCCGACACAGAGUUCAAGCUCUGUCGGCACUAUGAUGGGUACGCCUGCACCUGCAGAAGCACCAGCAAAGACGCAGUCCAAGCAAAGCUCUUGUACGCCUUCGCCCACGAAGUCAUUGGCUCCCAGUGCGACAUGGACGACGUGCCCGUACGUUGUCCGCGACGGCAAAGUCAACCCCGACGUGCGCACGCUGCCCGACUCUCCCGCGGUCGUGGCGAUGUCGCAGUCAGUGCUCUAUAACGGUGUCACGUACGCGUUGCAGAAGUCAAGCUCGGCCUCGAAGAAUGUGGCGUCCUUCAUCGACGCCUUCUUCCUCUCGUCAAAAUCGGGCAUGACGCCGAACAUGAACUAUGGUCAGCUCGUGCGUGGUCCGGGUAAGGACCAUCAAAUAGGCACCUUCACGGGAGUCCUGGAUUUGCGCGGUAUGGUGAAGGUCGUGAACGGCAUCCAGCUGUUGAAGGCCGCGAAUAGCCCUGACUGGACGUCGGCGCGGGAGCAGGCAAUGGUGACCUGGAUGAAGCAGUACAUUUCAUGGCUUCAGACGAGCGACCUUGGCAAGCAGGUUGCUUCGAAGGCGAACAACCACUUCACGUUCUACGUUAACCAGCUUGCGGCAAUAAAGCUCUACGUGGGCGAUACCAAGGGCGCGGUCACGGACUUGCAAAACUACUUCAACAACCAGUUCAAGGACCAAGUUGCAGCCUCGGGCGAGCAGCCCUUUGAAGCCUCCCGAACCCGGCCAUUCCAUUAUCGGUGUUUCAAUCUCGAAGCUAUGAUUACGAAUGCGAAAAUCGGCGACCAGCUUGGCCAGAACUUCUGGACGGCCAAGUCCAAGUACGGCGCGACGAUUCAGGACGCGCUCGACUACGUCAUGGGCGUUGACCCCGGCUCGGAGGACAUCUCAGACAUAUUCCCGCACGUCGCCUCCAUUGCCGCCGCCUACGGCGACCCGAAGGGCAAGUACGCGGCCUUCCUUCAGAAGCACGACAGCGACUACAAGAGUGAGCCCUUCUGGUUCUAUGAUCAGACCGCUGCCCUGCCCAAUUCGCCUGCCGCAUCGUCGAAGUCCAACAAGCGCAACGACAUCAUGGAGAGGAGCCUUGUCGCUGACGCGCCGUCAGGUGUCGCAGCUCGGGCUGCAGACGCAGCGUUUGGCUCGUUCUCCCUCGCUAAAUCGAUACCGUUCGCAUGCCCCGACGUUUUCAACGGAUCGCCGACGACAGAGUUGGACGAUAGCGUAUAUGUCACUUGCGAACAGGUCCGCUCGUACUACGAGAUCCUCCCCGCGGAUACGAAUGUCAGUGUGCUUGUUGGUUAGGGCCCUUGUAUUUAUUCAACGACUUGGUAUUUGUGUCAAUGUCAUUCCUUUGGACGUCGACGAGUCGCCCUGG